CGGGCAGCCGCAGGUGGGGAUCGAGCCCCGGAGUCCCCGAGCCCCCCGGCCCGCAGCGCCCAGGAUGCCCCGCGGGGACUCGGAGCAGGUGCGCUACUGCGCGCGCUUCUCCUACCUCUGGCUCAAGUUCUCGCUCGUCAUCUACUCCACCGUCUUCUGGCUGUUCGGGGCCCUGGUGCUGUCCGUGGGCAUCUACUCGGAGGUGGAGCGGCAGAAAUACAAAACCCUGGAAAGUGCCUUUCUGGCCCCCGCCAUCAUCCUCAUCCUCCUGGGGGUGGUCAUGUUCGUCGUGUCCUUUGUGGGCGUGCUGGCAUCCCUCCGAGACAACCUCUGCCUUCUCCAGUCGUUUAUGUAUGUCCUUGGGAUUUGCCUCAUCAUCGAGCUCAUUGGCGGCGUGGUGGCCUUGACCUUCCGGAGCCAGACCAUCGACUUCCUGAAUGACAACAUCCGGAGAGGAAUCGUCAACUACUACGACGACCUGGACUUCAAGAACAUCAUGGACUUUGUUCAGAAGAAGUUCAAGUGCUGUGGCGGGGAGGAUUACCGAGACUGGAGCAAGAACCAGUACCAUGACUGCGACGCCCCAGGACCCCUGGCCUGCGGGGUGCCCUACACCUGCUGCUUCAAGAACACGACAGAGGUUGUCAACACCAUGUGCGGCUACAGAACCAUCGACAAGGAGCGUCUCAGCGUGCAGGACACCAUCUACGUGCGCGGCUGCACCAACGCGGUGCUCAUCUGGUUCAUGGACAACUACACCAUUAUGGCUGGCCUCCUGCUGGGCAUCCUGCUCCCCCAGUUCCUGGGCGUGCUGCUGACGUUCCUGUACAUCACCCGGGUGGAGGACAUCAUCACCGAGCACUCGGUCACCGACGGGCUGCUGGGACCCGGCAGCAAGGCGAGCAUGGACGCGGCGGCUCCAGGCUGCUGCAUGUGUUACCCCAACUAGGGCGGAUGGACAGCCGGGCACCCCCGGGCCCACACCACACACGGACCGUGCCUCAGACUGCGUGUGCCAGGGCGGCCACUGCAUCCCCGGGGGACAGAGCCCGAGACCCUCCCCGGGGGGAGCACAGGUGGCCCUGGCAGCGAGAACUCCUCAUCCUCUGCAUUCAGGCCGUGACCACCCCCAGCCCAUGUGCAGAGGGGAAGGGGGUGCUCUGCGGGCCCAGGGCCCCCAGUGCCUUUGUCGGGUCCCGAGGCUGGGUCGAACUCAUUUUUUGCAGCCUCCCACGUGCCUUGAAUCCCCGCGCCCCCCACCCCGCCGCCGGCUGCUGCUUCGCUGACCGUAUUUUUGUAUGAGUUUUGUAGCCUGCCUUUUGUACAGGGUUCACAGGAGUUUGUGACUGAUCAGAGCCGGAAGGACAUGCCUCACUCUGUCUCUCCCGGCCGGUUUAUUCAGUAAUAAAGACAUGUUUGUUUGUC